AUGCCUACCACCACUUCCCGCCUUGCCGUUCGAUCCCCCCCCUCUCGAUCCCCCGGCCCUCGGGCUAGCCCCCUCUUGGACUCCAAGCCGUUCAGAGACAACGAGGUCGACUCGAGGGACGGGGGAGCUCAGAGAUUCUCUCAGCUCCAACUCAACUCGCGCGGUGACCGCAACCGCAAGGCCGCUGAGAACGGUCCCAAAUCAAAUUUUCGUCCCCGGUCCAAGACUGUCCAACCUACCAACACUCAGCCAGCCCAAACUGCCCCCAAGAAGGCAGAACCACCAACGUACCAACCCACACCAAUCUACCCGAAAGCUCUGUUCCCCGACGUCGUGCAUAAGAUCUUUGGCGAAGAUCUAGACGCAACCGUCAAGGACUUCAGCCCACGUGAGUGGCAGGAGCUCUGCGAGUUCUUCGACAAAUUCCCAUUCAGUUAUCUUCAGUGGGAGUACAGCAGCGACACUCAAGUCCUCAUGGUUUUCAGACCCAGUCCCAAUCAUCAGGAGAUGGUUCAACUUCGCAAGGCGCACCUCAAGCAGGUGCUCAAGAUUGUCAACACUUCCCCGAAAAGUGUGCAGGUGGUCAUGAAACCACUGCUGGAUUUUGCCGUAGAUACCACACCCAUCUACGCCGAAGAGAAGGGGAGGAAAGGACAUCUUGCGGAGAAGUUUCCCGACGUUGUGGUGGAACUGACCACGACCUCCACCCGCGACAUCACAAGCCUCGACGAGAUCAUGGUCUCGCAGCUUGAUUACUCGCCUGAGACUCAACCACAGGGCGAUCGCCCCAUCCAUGAGGGAGGGUUCACCAAGGCCCUGAAUUUUAUCGACGACCGAGCCACCGCGCUGCGAAGCGGCAAAAAAACACCUCUGAAGAACCUGCGCGUCAUCAAUGUCAUCGCGGUGCGCGAGACGUUCGACACCCUCGCCAAAUCCUACACAUUCCCUGGCGGUAGUAAGAAGCACAAGUCCGACACGCAAAAAUACAAGGACGCCUUGGAGUGCAAAAUGGGAGAUGUGCGGUCAGACGACGCCAUGUUUGCCAGGUUGCAGGAAGAUGUCGAGUCAAAGCUCACCGUAGGCGGUUGCGCCUACUCGGAGCACCUCAUACCGGGGGCUGGACCGUGGGUCUGCGAGGUCAACGGACAAUCGUAUGUCUGGCAUGCUGCUACGCGGGCCUAUUGGAUCCAUGUCAAUGUACUCGACGACGACGAGGUUGCGAAGUUCACUGCGCUGGUGAAAAGCAGGGCCCAGAUUCACAAGUACCUGGAGGCAGGUCUUGGAACGGCUAUCCUUGACAAGUAUGAAGGCGUCCACAAGGACCGUCGUGACGAUUUCCUCAAGAAAGUUGCACUCGGGUACCAGAGCCAGCUCGAUGUCUAUGUUCAGAUCUUCACGAACAAGUUCUGGGAGAAGGUGGUCGAACGCUUUGACCAUCUUCCGACUCAGGAGGACCUUCUUGAACGCCACAGUGCAAUCUCUGACAUCGCCAAUACGUUCACUUAUGACGCCGCAUGUGACGAGAUUCGCAAAUACUGGGAGAAUGUAUCCAGGUCUGCUCAAGGCAUCGACCUCACGACAGACUUGGAGGACAUGCUCCACGCGGUAAAGGCCAGCUCCAAGCUCACCGCCCAGUGGCGCAUCAAGCAGAGCACCCAUGAGCCGGACGUGGACGACAAGGACGAAAGGACGAACCUACCGCUUGAGAACAUCUGGGAGCUAAGCUUCCAAAGGAGGAAGCGCAAGCGGGGUACCUCGGACGCCGCCUCUGACGGCGAACGUCGCGCUGGCCCGAGUGCUGGCCCGCAUGCCGUCGAUUGA